CUGAUGUUGCUAUUUUGUGGGUAGGUUAUGGUAUCUGCCAAGGAAGAGCCUAAUGCUCCACUUCCUCCUGCAGUAGAUGGUCUUCUAAGGGUUCACAAACGUGUUGUGGAUGGGGUGGAUAGUGAUUCUUCUCUUACUCCACCAGGCGCAGGAGGGAAAAUUUCAACAAGGCUGCUCGUUCCAGCUGCCCAAGCAGGAAGUUUGAUUGGAAGACAAGGCACAACAGUUAAAUCCAUUCAGGAAGAGUCCAAUUGUGUUGUUAGAGUUCUUGGAGCAGAAGACUUACCUGGUUUUGCUCUUCAAGAUGAUAGGAUUGUAGAGGUAGUAGGGGAGCCUGCAGGCAUACAUAAGGCAAUUGAAUUAAUUGCUACUCAUCUGAGAAAAUUUUUAGUUGAUCGCAGCAUAAUUUCUGUAAUUGAAAUGCAGAUGCAAAUGCCUAAUUCCGAGAUGGAACACAUGCCUCCUGCACAAUCUUGGGGCCCGCCGCCUCAGGCUUUUCCUCCAACUGCACCUGGAGGUCCUGGAUAUGGAGCUAACCCUCGAUUCGCCCCACCUACUAGGCAAUUUGAUAAUUAUUAUCCACCUGCUGACAUGCCUCCUCCAUCAGAAAAAACACCACACCAUGGUAUAUCUGCCUAUGGAAAAGAAGGGCCAAUGCCAGUGCAUUCUUCAUCAAACCAGUCUGCACCAUCCGUAAUAACUCAGGUUACACACCAAAUGCAAAUUCCGCUCUCUUAUGCAGAUGCUGUAAUUGGCACGCAAGGUUCAACAAUAAGCUAUGUUCGGAGGGUCAGUGGUGCUACUAUUACCAUACAGGAAACAAGGGGAGUUCCUGGGGAGAUGACGGUUGAGAUUAGUGGAACUGCUUCUCAAACUCAAACUGCUCAGCAAUUGAUCCAGAAUUUCAUAGCAGAUGCUGCUGCUCCAUCUCAGACCCAAAACAUUCCAUUGACCGAUCCAGGCUAUAACUCUUACGCAGCCCACGGUUCAGUAUAUUCAUCUUCCCCCUCCAAUCCUAAUCUUGCUGGGCAAACCGGACGUUAUGGUUCAGUCUAUGGUGGCAAUUAUGGUUAUUAAGCUGGGCAAUUAAAUUAAUGAGAGUAAAUUCUAACUGGAUUGAUGGACAAACCGAGUGAUCCUUGUAUGAUGUUUGCAGUAUUAUACUUUUCCUCGGGGAACCUGUAAACAGAACAUUAAAGAUACAUCUUGCAGAAGUUAGGUUUAAGAUGGUGUAGAGCCAAUUGGAUACUGUUGUUUUCACAUUAUGAGGUUUUCUGUUAAGUAGUAGAAACUACUUCCCACGUACCUCAACUUGUCAAUCUUUGCAUAUAUUUGACUUUCUGGGAUAGUUUUUGUCAAUCUUUGCAUAUUCAACUCUUUUGGAUAGUUUA